GGCCGCCGCGACCCGUCGCUGCUUCCUUUUAAUUGUCGCUGCGAGCGGAGCGGGGCGGAGAGGAGGGUAUCUGUGACCCCACCUUUCAGAUAAGAAACUGAGGCGGAGGCCGGAGUUGCGCGGCUUCGAGUGCGAGCUCCCCCGCGCUGGCUCACAUCCUGCCCGGUGCAGGGGGCGGGGCGCUCCCGGCCAGCGCGGGGAGGGCUGCGGGACGGGUGUCGGCGAGGCCUCCGCCUCACUGCCCACCCUGUGCCCUGUUCGGUGCCCUCCGCCCGGAGUUGCAAAGGAGCAGAGGGCCUCAGUUUUUACCCGAGAGCAGAGCGAAAAUAAACUUUCUGUAGCCGAGUUUGCGUUUUAUAUAGACAUGAGUACUCUCCCCGUGACCCGGUGGGGAAGAUGUCAGAAAGUGAAUCAUUCAGGGGGACGGCAGUGAGCUAAACAAAACCCCCAGCCUUCCUGACGUUUAUGCGCCGGAGGAAGAGACUGACAUGUUUAAAGUGUGUAGUGCUUCGGUGUCAUGGAGGAAAGAGCAGAGGAAGGGGGGUGGGGGGUGCGUUUCUCAGAUCAGUUGGAAUUUCAAACACAGUGGUUAUUAUGCAUCUCUUCCGGGGCUUUGGUGGAAGCGUAGGCUUUCUUCAUCGCUGUUCUGUUCACUUGGAGGCUUGUUCGGAAAAUGCAAUGCAGGAUGUUUCCUUAACUCCGAGGCUGUCUUGGGGUGAGUGGGCGGGCGUAGGGCAGCAAAGGGAGCUGCGUAGACUUCCGUAGUCCCAGAAUGUUUUCUUUGCACCCAUGGGGGCACUGGGCACACUCUCUAGAGACGGGGUGGGGGUGAGUUGGAAUCCUGUCCAGGCAGUAAGGGUCGAAACUUGACCCCAACAAUCGUAGGGGUGCAGAUGGGUGCAGCUAAGGGGAAAAGGGGACUGGGGAGCACCAGUGGGGAAAGAAGCCUCACCAAGAGGAGGAGAUGGUGGCUGUGAAGGGGCUUCGUGCAAGGUCAUGGGCUGUCCCUGGGCCUGCACUUCUGGGGCAAGCCAUGGCCGUUCUCAGAGAUCAGUGCUGCCGGGGAGGUAGCGGGUUGGGGCUGGGGCGUGAAGAGCCUGCUGUGCACUCAGCCUUUGGGAGACCAGGAGGCUAAUCAUCUCCGUGAGUGAGAGAGAGCGGGGCAGGAGGCUACCCCGGCCGCAGGGCUUGCCCAGGCUGGUCCGGCCCCCUCUGCAGCUCAGGGACAAUCAGGAUCUGAGGAAGGAGCAUCAGUGUCCGGUUCUUGCCCCUGGCUGCCGAGGGUCCCAGGCCCAGUUAUGUCGCCAGUGAAGAGAGCCGGAUCCUUGUUCUUACUGAGCUGCUGGAGAGAAAGGCUCACUCUCCAUUUUACCAAGAAGGCGUGAGCAAUGCCCUGUUGAAGAUGGCCGAGCUGGGACUGACCCAGGCAGCCGAUGUUCUUCUGCAGAACGGGGCCAACCUCAACUUUGAAGACCCAGUCACCUACUACACGGCCCUGCACAUCGCCGUCCUGCGAAACCAGCCCGACAUGGUGGAGCUGCUGGUGCGCCACGGGGCCGACAUUAACCGGAGGGACCGGAUCCACGAGAGCAGCCCCCUGGACCUGGCCAGUGAGGAGCCAGAGCGCCUGCCCUGCCUGCAGCGCCUCCUGGACCUCGGGGCAGACGUCAACGCAGCCGACAAGCAUGGAAAGACCGCUCUGCUCCACGCUUUGGCCAGCAGUGACGGCGUGCAGAUCCACAAUACCGAGAACAUCCGGCUCCUCCUGGAAGGAGGGGCAGACGUCAAGGCGACCACCAAAGAUGGGGACACCGUGUUCACCUGCAUCAUCUUCCUGCUUGGUGAGACGGUGGGAGGGGACAAGGAGGAAGCCCAGAUGAUCAACCGCUUCUGCUUCCAAGUCACACAGCUGCUGCUGGCUCACGGCGCCGACCCCAGCGAGUGCCCAGCCCACGAGUCCCUCACGCACAUCUGCCUCAAGAGCUUUAAGCUGCACUUCCCGCUCCUGCGCUUCCUGCUGGAGUCCGGAGCCGCCUACAACUGUUCCCUCCACGGUGCGUCCUGCUGGUCCGGCUUCCACAUCGUCUUCGAGAGGCUCUGUUCCCACUCAGGCUGCACCGAAGACGAGAGCCACGUGGACCUCCUGCGCAAAGCCGAGACCGUCCUGGACCUCAUGGUGACUAAUUCCCCAAGACUGCAGCUGCCAGAAAACUUUGACAUCCAUCCGGUGGGCAGCCUGGCAGAAAAGAUCCAGGCCCUUCACUUCUCCCUGAGGCAGCUGGAGAGCUACCCCCCGCCCCUCAAGCACCUGUGUCGCGUUUACAUCCGGCUCUACCUUCAGCCAUGGCCCGUGGACGCGAAGGUCAAAGCCCUACCUCUGCCCGACAGGCUGAAAUGGUACCUCCUCAGUGAGCAUGGCGGCCCCGUCGAGGACGACAUCUGACAGCUCCCAGACCGAAGGGAACUGGGUCUGGGCAGCUCAGUCAGCCUGGUGGCGGAUGUAAGUGCCCGCAGCGGCCUUAGCGGGGAGCCUCCGGUCCUGUCUGUCAGAGGCGCGGGUUGAAGACGGACGUGAUCCUUCGUACAGAGAAAGCCCAGCGGGGCCAGCGGCUGCCAUCAUUCCAGUGGGAAAAGGCCUGUCUUUCACGGCGACUACCCCUUCCCUUCCUCCGGCAGCACCCCCACAUUCUCAACCCACGCUGGAGAAAAGGACAGGGCUUAGACUUGGGACACGUUUAUACUCCCUUAGUUUGUGAAGGGUGUGCCAGGCAUUUCCAGGAGCGGGGCAGCUCCGAGUCCGCGUCCUCCUGACAGCUGCGUGGAGGCAGAGCUGAAGCCAAGAGGAAGCUGGGUGGGCUCAUGGGGUGCAACCUAGCUGAGGCCCUUCACCCCGCCUCCUUUCGUGCCAGAUUGUCACUUACAAGUGCUUCUGGUGGGCCGGGGAGAAAGCUGACCUGACUCCUGUUAGCAUCUGCAGCUCUCCUGCGGCCCCGCCCACCGAGGCACAAGGCUGUGUUCUGGUGGCCGCUCUGUGCCAAACCCAAGAUCUUGGGGACCAUGCCUUCUGCUAAAAAGCAAUCAUGCAUGACCAGGGACAGCCCUUUCCAAAAUAUUUCAUUUUGUGAGGGGCUCACUGUUGGAGAAGGUUACCGAGACCGGAAGCUGAGUGUCCCACCCAGUGCCGAGCCCUCACCAAGCUGUUUUCGUCACAUUGGUCAUUGUGAAUUGUGUAAAUGCCUCAGAAAUAAAUUGAGGCCACGGAAUGAUAUAUUUAUAUUACCAAAUUAAACUGAUUUCUCUUGGCCUU